CGUCCCUUGAGAUCCCUACUGGACAUCCUUUGCCAACCGAAUCGGCGAAUCCUGACUCUGGAAAUCUUAAUGGCCUCGGUGUCAAUUUGCAGACAACAACACUUCAGCCUUUGUCACAGCAAUCUGUGUCUAUACAUCCUGCACCUGUACGUCGCCGUCGCUUGGUUGUUUCUUCUGAUGAAGACGAACCUGUUGUCCCUUUGGAAUUGCAAGACUUGGACGUUGAACUUCCACUGCAAGAACAGGCUAUUGAAAACUCUUCGACUUGUCCUGUUCCUACCGUUGACUCUGCUUUGCCUUCUCCUCUUCUUGCUGGCCAAGAAGUUCCGC